ACGAGCACCAGCUGUGGUCUCUUGUCACCUGCUAUAAAAGCUCCUCGAGUCAGUCCUCUUAACAACUGUCACUGAAGUUAUGGCUGUUGUUUGGCUCGUGGUUGUUUUGGUGCAUGCCGUCUUGAUGGAUAAAGGCCUUUGUUUUACAGCUGGGGUUAAACAAGGUCCAUCCAAUGCUCUGGUUCAAAAAGGUGUUCCAGGACAAAUGGGACUUGAUGACGAUGUGAGCGACAAUGUGAAGAACGACUUCUUCGGCCACAACAUGAGCGGCAAGGGCCAACAGAACGACUCCUACAGCCACAAGAGCGGCAAGGGCCAAAAGAACGACUCCUUCAGCCACGACCAGCCGAGCCAUAACAUGAGCGGCAAGGGCCAAAAGAACGACGCCUUCAGCCACGACCAGCCGAGCCAAAACAUGAGCGGCAAGGGCCAAAAGAAUGACGCCUUCAGCCACGACCAGCCGAGCCACAACAUGAGCGGCAAGGGCCAACAGAACGACUACUUCAGCCACGACCAGCCGAGCCAGAACAUGAGCGGCAAGGGCCAACAGAACGACUCCUUCAACCACGACCAGCCGAGCCACAACAUGAGCGGCAAGGGCCAAAAGAACGACGCCUUCAGCCACGACCAGCCGAGCCACAACAUGAGCGGCAAGGGCCAAAAGAAUGACGCCUUCAGCCGCGACCAGCCGAGCCACAACAUGAGCGGCAAGGGCCAACAGAACGACUACUUCAGCCACGACCAGCCGAGCCACAACAUGAGCGGCAAGGGCCAAAAGAACGACGCCUUCAGCCACGACCAGCCGAGCCACAACAUGAGCGGCAAGGGCCAAAAGAACGACGCCUUCAGCCACGACCAGCCGAGCCACAACGUGAGCGGCAAGGGCCAAAAGAAUGACGCCUUCAGCCACGACCAGCCGAGCCACAACGUGAGCGGCAAGGGCCAAAAGAACGACGCCUUCAGCCACGACCAGCCGAGCCACAACAUGAGCGGCAAGGGCCAACAGAACGACGCCUUCAGCCACGACCAGCCGAGCCACAACAUGAGCGGCAAGGGCCAAAAGAACGACGCCUUCAGCCACGACCAGCCGAGCCACAACAUGAGGGGCAAGGGCCAAAAGAACGACGCCUUCAGCCACGACCAGCCGAGCCACAACGUGAGCGGCAAGGGCCAAAAGAACGACGCCUUCAGCCACGACCAGCCGAGCCACAACGUGAGCGGCAAGGGCCAAAAGAACGACGCCUUCAGCCACGACCAGCCGAGCCACAACGUGAGCGGCAAGGGCCAAAAGAACGACGCCUUCAGCCACGACCAGCCGAGCCACAACAUGAGCGGCAAGGGCCAAAAGAAAGACGCCUUCAGCCACGACCAGCCGAGCCACAACAUGAGCGGCAAGGGCCAACAGAACGACGCCUUCAGCCACGACCAGCCGAGCCACAACAUGAGCGGCAAGGGCCAACAGAACGAUGCCUUCAGCCACGACCAGAGUGAGCAUCUUCAAAUGUCUGAUGACAUGAGCAACAGCUACCAGAAUGACAGAAUGGAUGAUGGUGUGUUCACUGUGAAUGUUUGAAGUGUACAGUUGUCCUGAUGGUUGUAGCAUGAUUGAAGGCAUUGUUCUGUUUCAUCUAACAUCUGUCUGACAAUUAAAACAUUUUACCUUAAUACUA